AUGAGUUCUUUAAAUGCAAGUUUUUACCAGAAUAUCUCCAUUGUUCACCCUGAAUACUUUUUCAUCAUUGGACUUUCAGGUAUACCUUACAGCAAUUAUUACUAUAUAUUCUUAUUUAUCACAUAUUUUAUUACUAUAAUUGGGAACUCUAUAGUGCUUCUCAUUAUUGUUCUUGAACGAAGUCUGCACAGUCCAAAGUACAUUGGUGUGUUUAACUUGGCCUUGGCUGACAUUGGUGAAACUAAUGCACUGAUUCCUAACAUGAUGAAGACUUUGCUGUUUGACUCACAGUACAUCUCCUACAAUGCUUGCUUGGUGAACAUGUUUUUUGUGUUUCUUUUCAGUUCUAUACAAAGUGUCACUCUUGUUGUUCUGGCAUAUGAUCGCUUCAUUGCAAUUUGUUUGCCAUUAAGAUAUCAUGCUCUUGUAAACAAUACAAGUAUGGUUUUAGUUUUCUCAGCAGUUUGGGCAUUUAAUUCUUCUAUUGUGGCUUUGAUGGUGUCUUUGAUCACCCGACUUUCAUUCUGUGAAUCUAAUAUGAUACAGAGUUAUUUUUGUGAUCAUGGACCAGUGUAUAGGUUGGCUUGUAAUGACAAUAACAUUAAUAAGUUCAUGGCGUUUCUCAUCACAGGUUUAUACCUUGUGGCACCAUUGGUCAUAAUAGUCCUGUCAUAUCUUUGCAUUUUUUUUGCUUUAAUCAAAAUUACAACUUGGCAAGGACGUUUAAAAGCUCUAAAGACCUGUGUCUCUCAUCUGUUGUUAGUAGGGAUAUAUUUCCUUCCCUUGUUCUGUACGUACUUUGCGCAGCUCUUGCUUUCUCUUGCCCCCAAUGCAAGGGUCAUCAGUACGUCUCUGGCAUAUGCUAUUCCGCCGAUGCUAAAUCCCAUCAUUUAUGUUUUAAACACAGCUGAAAUCAAAGACAUUAUUCGAAAAGUGCUUAAAAACAGAUCUGCACCAAUUAGAGAGAACAUGUCUAAAUGA